AUGUCUCUCAUGAAUCAGCCUCGGCCGAAGAUCAGCGCUGGGACAGAGAUGGCACCGGCGGCCCAUCUUCGUGGACGAAGCGGAGCUCCGUAUCGACAGAAAUUGUGGGUGUCUCGAGAUUCGCCCAGAGGUCUACGAAAACGCUCCUUACCCUUGGAAUCCGCCUUUCCCAUGUCCUCGCCACGCAAGCUUUCAAUUUUCUUCCGGUUCAACCCAUGGCCCCUCAUACACUAUAUUGUAUCUCUUGUCUUUGCCUCUCUACAAGAUCUCGGGUUUGAUCCGACCGUCAGACGCGUUGCCGUACCUGUGCAAGAACCUUCCGGGGAUAAUACCCAAUAUGCGAUCCAGUACGAUUACCUCGACGUCUGGAUACCCUAUGACGCCAUGACCGAGGGCGAAAUUCAACAAUCACUUUUCGAAAAUAUCCAGGACACACAAACAGACAAGGAGGACUUCAAACACCCCGGUGCAUCUCCAGAUCCUUCUGAUGAAGAGGUAACGGGCUCCACUAUUGCGACACCGGAGGGUCUGCCUAAUGGAAGACCUGCAAAGGCAGGAGCGGGUCCAGGGUGUCUAUAUGAUGACAAGAAACACUGUCGGAUCGUGUGCAAGGAAGUAGGCACCCUGGCAUCGUACUACGGGCACUGGACCCCGCCAAGGCUCGAGUGGAUAUACAAGGGUGGUAUUGCCAUGUUUAUGCCGGUUGAAAUUCAAACACAAGGUUAUUUGUUUCUUCCACAGAAGCAGCGUAUCCUUAACCCGCAUACAGAUCAUAAUCUCAUAUUUGGUGAGCCUGAGGCCGAAAGCACGACGGACUCUGUCGAAGGAACAGAGGAUAAUUCUUCCGCACUCGAAGACCAGACCCCUUCUGCCCACACAAGCCCACAACUUCCUCCAUGA